CGCACCGCUAACAGGCACGGUGUCUAGUCGGGUCAGUAGAAAAGCACAAAUUUCUCAUUGUAUCGCUCGUCGUUGGGGACCCAGGUGGCGCACAAUAGAAACGCUAUGUUACUAGUUACCAGAAUCGCCAACAACCAGCACGCGAACUUUGUCGAUAGCCGCCAUAAAGUGAAGUGAAAAAUCGUGACCCAAUCGAACCUGGCCGUCGUGGGACGAACAACAAUACUGCCUCCGCGGCAGUUGAAUUGUUGCUGUCGCUUCAGAAGUGAACUGCAUUUCAAACCUUUUAGUUACUGUAAAUUAGUAAAGUUUCUCGAAUACCAAAAUGGGAGACCAACGAUAUGUGACGGAGAUUCCAAGCAGCCUCAAGCAACUGGCUCGAUUUGUGGUGCGAGGGUUUUACACCAUCGAAGAUGCGCUCGUCGUUGAUAUGCUGGUGCGGAAUCCGUGCAUGAAAGAGGACGACAUAUGUGAACUGUUGAAAUUCGAGCGCAAGAUGCUACGGGCAAGGAUCUCCAUUCUGCGAAACGAUAAAUUUCUCCAAUCACGGCUGAAAAUGGAAACAGGGCCCGACGGUAAGGCGCAGAAGGUAAACUAUUAUUUCAUCAACUACAAAACGUUCGUCAAUGUGGUCAAGUACAAACUGGACCACAUGCGCAAGCGAAUGGAAACGGAAGAACGGGAUGCCACGAGUAGGGCGAGCUUCAAGUGUCCUUCCUGUAAAAAAACGUUCACCGAUCUCGAGGCGGAUCAGCUGUACGAUUUCAAUACGGACGAGUUCCGCUGCACCUAUUGCGGGAGCGCUGUUGAGGAGGAUAGUUCCGCUCUGCCCAAGAAGGACUCAAGACUGUUACUAGCUAAGUUUAACGAACAGUUGCAACCUUUGUACGAUCUGCUGCGACAGGUGGAAGGAAUCAAACUUGCACCGGAGAUCCUAGAACCGGAACCGGUGGACAUUGACACCAUACGGGGUAUCGCGAAACCAACCAACAAAGCACCAACAGAACAAUGGUCCGGCGAAGCUACCCGAUCGAGCGGGUUCGCCGUGGAGGAAACUCGGGUCGACAUUACGAUCGGCGACAGCGAUACGCUCGAUACCACGACGCAGCGUAAGGAUCGCCCGGUCUGGAUGACCGAGUCGACGGUCAUUUCGAACGACAUGGAUGACAAUUCGGUCGAUGCCAUUCUGGAGAAGGCAGCCUUUACCUCCACGCAGCCUACAUCCAUCUCCGCCUCCAACAGCCUCGGUGGCAGUAUUAGUAAUAGCAGCACGUCAACGAACGUAAUGUCGUCGGCACGCAAUCGGAAAGAAGACGAUAUUAUGUCGGUGCUGUUGCAGCACGAAAAGCAGAGCGCAAGCAACACCACCAACGAAGCGGUACGGGGUCUCGCGCAGAACAACAACGACGGCAACUCGAGUGAUAGUAGCGACGAUAUCGAUAGGGAUAUCGAAAACACUGAAGUCCCGGUGGAGAUAAUGGAUUCGGGUUCGGAAGACGACACACCGACGGUCACCGUCGCCGGAAAGCCGUACCCGUUGGAUGAAAUCACCGACACGCUGAUAGCGGACAUGACACCGCAGGAGAAAGAAACCUACAUACAGGUGUAUCAAGACCAUUUCAGUCAUAUGUACGAUUAAUUGCUAGGUCAGUAAGAAAUAAACAAAUGUUAAAUUUGGAAAUGAGAAAUAUUGCCGCAAAU